AUGAAUAAGAUUAACAACCAUUUGAGCUACAAAAUGGAAGGUGACAAGACAACUGACAACGGUGAUGAUUACUACAAGAACGUCAAGCUGGUAGGGUUUGUGAAAACAGACUCCGAAACACUUCCCGGAUAUAAGAACGAAGCGUUCCAAUGGAGUUCGGCAGACAAUUUGUCCAGUUACCCAUCGUCUUACCCCAGAGAACAUGACAUUUUAGCUUCUAGUAAAGUUUUGGGCGGUGACACUGUGGUGCCCGUCGACCAGGAUUCGGUGAACCGGUGUUGUACCAGAAAAGUGUUGUACAAACGCCUACCAAUCCUCCAAUGGCUGCCCAAGUACACGGUCGGCGAACAUGGUAUAUCCGACCUCGUGGCAGGUAUCACGGUCGGGCUGACCGUUAUACCACAGGCCAUAGCGUUCGCCAACGUAGCCGGAUUACCUCCACAAAUCGGUCUGUACUCAUCGUUCAUGGCAUGCUUCGUGUACACGAUCUUCGGUAGCUGUAAAGACCCGGCGUUGGGUCCGACGGCAAUCAUGGCCAUCAUGACCCGUGAAAACAUACACGAUAUGGGACCAGAAUUCGCCAUCCUAUUAUGUUUUAUCACCGGUAUCGUACAACUCAUCAUGGGUUUUGCGCAAUUAGGGUUCUUAAUCGAUUUCAUAUCCGGACCGGUGUCGGCUGGUUUCACAUCGGCAGCAGCGAUCGUGAUAGCUACAUCCCAGCUGAAAGACCUGCUCGGUAUCAACAUAAAAGCUAGUUCGUUCAUAGGCUUCUGGGACCAAUUGGCCAUGCACAUCAGGGAGAUCAGUGUUGGCGAUGGGACGCUCGGAAUUACGUGUAUGGUUGUGCUGCUGCUGUUGAGGAAAAUGAAAGACAUACAAAUCGGCCCUACGGACAUGAAGGAUAAAACGACCGGACAGCGAACGGUUUCAUCAAUCAUUUGGCUCAUAUCAACGGCGAGGAACAUUAUAGUUGUGGUUUUUUGCGCCGCACUGGGUUACAUGUACAAGGAACAUGGCAAUUUGCCGUUUAAACUAUCGAGUCACGUGGAAUCCGGUCUUCCGAGUUUCAGGCCACCGCCGUUUGAGAGCCGAGUCGGGAACGAGACGUAUAAUUUCGUAGAGAUGGCGUCCAAAUUAGGUUCAGGGAUUUUGGUAGUGCCACUUCUGUCUAUUUUAGAAAACAUAUCACUAGCUAAAUUUUUCUCUGAUGGUAAGACCGUCGACGCCACUCAAGAAAUGCUUGCCUUGGGCGCUUGCAAUUUGAUUUCGUCUUUUGUUGGGUCCAUGCCCAUAUCUGGCGCUCUAUCGCGAGGUGCCGUGAACAACGCCAGUGGAGUAAAAACCACGUUUGGAGGAGUUUACACAGGAAUAAUCGUCAUAAUAGCUUUACAAUUUUUCACCCCGUAUCUGGUGUACAUACCCAAAGCUGCUUUGGCCGCUGUGAUAAUAGCCGCCGUCGUGUUCAUGGUCGAACUGCAAGUUGUCAAACCGAUGUGGCGAACGAAAAAAAUCGAUUUGAUACCGGCGUUCGCCACGUUCCUUUGCUCGCUGUUAAUCCGCUUGGAAGUCGGGAUCGUUGUUGGCAUAGCUAUUAAUGUCAUAAUACUGCUUUACACCUUGGCUAGGCCCAGCGUCCAUGUCGAAAAACAACAAAGUGAAUUUGGGUACGAGUAUUUAGUAAUAACGCCGGACCGUAGUUUGGUUUUCCCGUCCGUCGAGUACGUGAGGGCAGUGGUGUCCAAAGCCGGACUUAAACAAGGACUAAGUUCGAUUCCGGUUGUGAUGGACUGCAGGCACAUACAAGGAGCUGAUUUUACUGCGGCCAAAGGCGUCAAAUCUUUAAUAGAUGACUUUGUCAGGAGAAGUCAACCAUUGGUGUUUUACAAUGUCAAACCUAGUGUGAUAUCCAUUUUCCAAGGUGUACGACCGACUGAGUUCAACUGUUGUGUCACCGAACAGCAAUUGCACGAAAGGCUAAAAGGGUAUUAUUAUAGCAGAAUGCAGACGCUGACAUUAUAA